GAGCACAGGCAGCCCGAGCCGAGCCGGCAAAAGCGGCUCGUAUGCACUUUGGGCCGAGGCAGGCUCGGCUCGUGUCCACCCUGAAUUUGACAUGGUAGGUGAAGAAAUGGCCGGCCUCUUGUGUCUGUUGAUUAUCUAUUUUGCUAUGCGACUUUUCCUUCGUCCAUUAACCUUCAUAGGUUUAAUGCCUAUGCAUGGGUUGCUAACAUUGUACCUAGCCUGGUGCCGCCCUACUUAGCGUCUUAGCCUGAGCAACAGAUUAUCUAUUUAACCGAGGAUUGCUUGACUGCAAAUCAAAAGCUAGCCCGAUCGAGCAGACCAUACGCACAUGGAGAGAGGAGCAGCAGCAGUACUAGUACUGAUGUCGUGGUUGCUGCUAUUCUUGCUACUACUAGCAAGAACAACAACUGCCGCGGACGGUCUGAACGUCACCGCGGACGGCCCGCACCGCUGCGGCGGCGAGGAAAUCCCCUACCCGUUCGGCAUCGGCGAGGGCUCCUACCGUGACGACGGCUUCGAGAUCAUCUGUCGAGCCGGCAUGCCGGUGCUCGCCACCACCAGCAACGACACAUUCAUUCCGAUCGGCAACAUCUCCAUCCUCAACGCGGAGGCCGUCGUGAUGCUGCGCGUACGGUCGCGGUGCUACAACACCACCACCGGCGAGCCGACCAACGAUAGCUACACCAACUUGGAGUUCAGCGACAAGGGCGUUUACCGCAUCUCUGUCUACGGGAACUACUUCUACGUCCUCGGUUGCAACACCAUUGGCUACCUCAGAACCAAGGAGGAGACCAAAGGCAAUGAUACUACCGGUACGGACAACUCCAAGUUCACCGGCUGCCUGGCCUACUGUGCAAACUCCGAGAGCGCGGAGGACGGGAGCUGCGUCGGCGUGGGCUGCUGCAAAGCCGAAAUCCCCAAGGAUCUUGUCGACAACAUGCUGGGCUUCACCAGCUACAACCUCACGGACAAGUACAACUUCAGCUCUUGCGACUAUGCGUUCCUCGCAGAGAGAGGCAGCUAUGAGUUCAGGACAGCCGACCUCGGCAUGGACUUCGGACGGGAGAUGCCGGUGCGGCUCAACUGGGCCAUCGGCCGCGAUGGCCACCACACGUGCGCCCAGGCUUAUGCUAACGAGAGGGACUCUGACUCAGAGGCCUAUGCCUGCAUAAGCUCCGACAGCAUCUGCCUCGACUCCCCCAAUGGACCUGGAUACAUCUGCCGCUGCAGGGAAGGCUAUGAGGGCAACCCGUAUAUCCAUGGGGGUUGUAUCAAUAUCGACGAGUGUAGGCUUCCGGACAAGUACCCUUGCAAAGCCACCUGCAAGGAUAGUCUAAAUGGCUACACUUGCACGUGUCCCAAGCAUUCAAGCAGUCCCAAUCCCUUCAAUCAAACCUGCAACCCAGAUUUUCCCAUCUUUGCGCAGGGUAUCGUAGGUUCAAUAGCUGGUCUUUUCAUCAUAGCUAUUCUGGUCUUCCUCGGGAUUCUUCACAAAGAGAAAAAAAAGAUGGAAGCAUUUUUCAAAAAGAACGGCGGACCUACAUUGGCAAAGGUUAAUAACAUUAAGAUAUUCAAAAUGGAAGAUCUCAAGAACAUUUUAAAAGCUAGCAAUGUUAUUGGGAAAGGUGGCUUUGGUAUGGUUUACAAGGGAAUCAUUGGGGAUAGUAGCCAGCUAGUCGCAGUGAAGAGGCCUAUCAAUGUUAAUUUAGCUGAUCAAGAACAAUUUGCAAAUGAGAUCAUCAUUCAAUCGCGAGUCAUUCACAGGAACAUUGUCAAUCUCAUAGGUUGUUGCCUAGAAGUUGAUGUCCCAAUUUUGGUCUAUGAGUUUGUCCCAAAAGGUAGCCUCCAUGACAUUCUCCAUGGUAGCCACAGGGUGCCUCUCGAUUUGAAUCUACGACUGCAGAUUGCCGCAGAAUCAGCAGAAGGUCUAGCUUAUAUGCACUCCAAAACUGCUACCACAAUCCUGCAUGGUGAUGUUAAACCAGCUAAUAUACUCUUAGAUGAUAAUUUUGUACCAAAGAUCUCUGACUUUGGUAUAUCGAGGUUGAUUGCCACAGAUAAGCAACACACCAGAAAUGUUAUUGGUGACAUGAGUUAUAUGGAUCCUGUAUAUCUGCAGACAGGAUUAUUGACUAAUAAAAGUGAUGUCUACAGUUUUGGUGUUGUGCUUUUGGAGCUUAUUACAAGGAAGAAGGCCUCACAUUCCGACAACAAUAGCUUGCUCAUGAAUUUUCUUGAUGCCUACAAAAAUAACAAAUCAGUGAUUGAGCUCCUAGACAAGGAACUUGAAGUGGUACAAGAUCUGGAGCUGCUUGAUGGUUUGGUAGGAUUGAUUAAGCAGUGUCUAAAUCUCGAUGUCGAUCAGAGGCCAGAGAUGAACGAUUUAGUAGAGCAGCUCCGCUAUAUGGAGAAAAGAUGUAAGAGGAAAUAGAGUGGUCAUUUUAUUUGCUGGUGAGGUGAUGCAUCCAAGUGAAAAAGUUAAGUUGUGAUCAUCAUAUAUACAUGCUUACGUUGCUCUCAUAUAGAACUAUGGGAGAUUUCCAUAGUGUUCAUGUACUUUUCAUUCAUGCUGUUUUGUUCUCCUAUGACUUAAAGGAUGUGUGUCCUGAUUCUCACAAAAAAGGAUAUAUCUCCUCAAGUAGAAUAAUAGGAGGUUUAUGUAUGUUGUUGUGUCGUGUUGUAAGGGUCUGCUUGCAGAUGAUGAAUGGAUGUGCGCUUAUAUUUUA